AGAUUGGGGAGGGGGGAGCAGGGAAAACAGUGAAGUCAGAACAGGCUGGGGAAGAAGAGGCCGAUGUUUAGGAGACCGGGAGAGGGGGAGAUGGUGGAGAGGUCCAGUGCCUGAGACGGCGCCCUGGGCUGCUGUUUUAGGCAGCGGGCAUGGUGAGGGUCUUGGUGGGCAGCUUUCUCUUUCCCACCCCAAACCGAGGAACACUGGAGUUCUGAUUGUGGGGCAACUCCUUCCAGGGCUGGGCUGAAGCCUAAGCUACCCAGCUGUUAGCCGCUGAGGGCAGGAUCAUGUCUGCUGACAAAGGCUGGUGGGUGCCAGCCGAAGGUGAGGACAGCGUGUCUAAGAGGCUCCUGAGGAAGACCAGGGAGUCUCCGCUGGUGCCUGUAGGCCUGGGAGGCUGCCUGGUGGUGGCGGCAUACAGGAUUUACCGGCUGAAGGCUCGAGGCUCCACCAAGAUGUCCAUACACCUGAUUCACACCCGCGUGGCAGCGCAGGCCUGUGCGGUGGGUGCGAUCAUGCUGGGGGCCGUGUACACGAUGUACAGAGACCACAUCAAGAGAACAGCACAGGAUGCGGGGAACAAGUAGGUUCCCACAGUCCAGGGCCGUCAGACCCUCACGUUGACCCCUGACGUGCUCCUAAUAAAGGAAUUUUGCA